CCGUAAACAUAAUUCUUCUCGCACAACACAGUACCUCAUCAGAAUGCCGAAAAAUGCCGAUGCCGAAAAGAAUAAUCCCUGUUUGAAGGAACAAGAAUUAUCGUACAAAUGCCUAAGCAAGAACAAUUUCGACCACGGCAAGUGUGAGCUGUAUUAUGCAAACUACAACAAUUGCAAAGAGUUUUGGAACAAGGUGCGUGCGGAUCGGCGGGCCCAAGGAAUCUUCCCUCACCUGCCGGAUGUGGCCGAUCGGGAGAAUAUUAAGGCAGAAUACAUGAAGACAAAACCGGCAUGAAACGCGUCGCUCCGGCGCUACACGUCAUUGUAGCAAAUAAAUAAAAACAAUCACGUAGAGUUAAUCAACCGACAAAGCCAAGGAUU